UCGAAGAAGAAGAAGAACGACACCUCAAACCAUCGUAGUUUGAACCAUGGAUCUGCGACACAGGUGCUAUGGUUUCGGUAAACACAGUCGUGACUAGCUCGUUCAUUUCCAUAACGAUUCAUCGUGCUGUGGGGGUUAAUCAGCGAGUUGCGUGGUUGUACGGGAACCGCACCCCAGAUUGUGUGAUUAACAGCAGAGACAGGUUUAAACACACUGAGCAUCACUAUGACCUCGCUGCUUGUGCUGCUGCUCCUCUGGGCUUUUCCUCUUUCAAAUGCUAAAGGCCGACUAAGAGAAUUCCAACUAAUAAAUGAAAGAUUCACCAGAGAUCUUGCAGUGAAUGAAUGCAGAACAAACUUCACUGACCUCGCCACAGUUUAUGACCAACAAGACAAUAUAGAAUUAAAGACACUGCUCAUUAAUAUUACUGAUGGAUCCAGCCCUAGUGGAUGGAUCGGUGGAGAGAUAGGAAAUAGCAGUAAGAAAUGGUCAAAUGGUGAUGAGGUUACAUAUACAGAAUUAGACACGACAUGUGGGGGAACAUACUGCACUGCUAUGAAAUUUGAUAGCCGUUGGGAUUUUCUACAGUGCACUGAGAGAAAAUACUUCAUGUGUUAUGAACAAGAUGUUGGGCGAGCAUCAUACAUGUUAAUACCUGAAACUAAAACCUGGUUUGAGGCUCAGCUGUACUGCAGAGAGAAUCACACUGAUUUAGUGAGCAUCCAUAAUGAAGAGGAAAAUGAACAGGUGCAGAAUGAAGGAAACAAAAGUAUAACUCCUUUCUGGAUCGGCCUGCUGGAGGACAGAGUGGAAUGGUCUGAUGGAGGACAAUCUGCUUACAGAAACUUUACAGAAGAACAGAGCGGACAUUAUAUAUUUUUGAAUCAAGAUGGGAAUUGGAGUAAAAGUGAAGAAGACAUUGAACAACAUGCCUUAUGCUACAAAAGCUUCAUUCAUGUCAGUUCUUAUCAAAUGUCCUGGGAGGAAGCUCUGGAUUACUGCAGCAGUAACUUUUCUGGACUACUGCGAAUUGAGUCAGAGGAUGAUCAGAUAGAAACAGAGAGAGAGCUAAAAAGACAGAAUAUUUCAGAGCCAGUGUGGGUGGGGCUUAGACAGAGCAGACUUUUCGGAUUCUGGAUCUGGUACAAUGGGCUCAGUGUGGGAAACUGGACCAACUGGAAAGAAGGAAGUCCACCAGAACAUCAAGUGUCCCAACACUGUGGUGCCUUAGAGAAGGUGAAAGGUCAAUAUAAAUGGUGUGAUAAAAACUGCAGAUCUGAAUUUAGAGUUUUAUGUGAGGAGAAAUAAUAUACCAUAUUACCAUAUAAUAUAUAUCAUACAAGCCAUAUUACUUUUCUACAAGUUCAACUUGUUUUUUUUUUUUUGUGUGUGUGUGUGUGUGUGUGAAUAAUUUCAUUAAGUUGUGCUAUAAACAUUUCUGUUGGUUUAAAUAAUUCAAUAAACACUGUUUUCCAAUCGGUUUAUUAUACAGUCUUAUGUCCUUAAUGCAGGAAAACUGCAUUAUAUGACAGAAACACAAAUACAAAAUCAUACACAAAAAACGAAGUUUAGCACAAAUAAAUGUGAACUCAAGGACAGAAUAGUGCAGAAAACUUGUAUGCAC